AUGCCGUCCGGCCAAGAGAUCUUUCCAGCGGAUGCGCCAUCCGGAACCGCCUCUCAUGUUCCACCCGACUGGCAGACCCAGAAGGCAGAGGGUCACCUUGUCGAUGAAGCAUUGAUCCGAGCUGAGAACGAAGACAAGAUGACACCUUAUCUCGCAUACCUCAUUCUUUCCGCAGCACUCGGUGGUUUCCUCUAUGGAUACGACAUUGGCGUUCAAGAGAUUACCACGGCUGCUACAACCAUUGGAUCCAUCUUUGGAGCCUCAAUCUUGGGCACGUUUGCUGACAAGUGGGGACGAAAGCCCUGCUUGUUGAUUUCGGACCUCUUUUUCAUCGCCGGUGCCAUUGUCAUCGCUUUUAGCUUCAGUCUUGCUCAGCUCAUCGUCGGUCGCCUGAUCCUCGGUGUUGGUGUUGGUGGUGCUGCCGUAAUCUGCCCCCUCUAUAUCACUGAGCUGGCUCCAACAGCUGCUCGUGGACGAUGUGUCGGAACGAAUGGCUUUUGUAUUCCUUUUGGGCAGACCGUCGCCGUCGCCAUCGUCUCAUCGAUGGCCACAUAUACUCGGAGUCAAGAAAUCAAAGCAGAUGCGAAAGGAAAAAGAGGGAAUGCAGAGAGAGAUGAAGCAAGAGGGCGCGCUUGUGAAUGA